GAAAAAUUACAACUUGGGAAAACUCAUGCAAGUUCAGCAGCAGUGAGAAAGAAGAGACAUAAUACUCAUCUGCCUGGAUAUCUGGGAAAAAAUACAGACGCAUCCACUACCAUAGGAUAGGUAUCUAUGGCCUCAACAAACCUAUCAUACAUUUUUGGAGAAUGGAAUGGAAUAACCUAUUUGGCAGAAUGUUUUGUCUUGGGGGUGAUAUGUUUGUUUCUGGCAUCGAUAGCAGGUCCUCUCUGGUUCUUUUUCUAUGUCUACCUCUCUGCUUUUGUCAUCCUGAUCUAUGAGAAGAUCCACAAAUUAAAGGGAAAAUAUGAUGUUACAUUAUAUUUAAUUCUGGGAUAUAUAUGGGACAUCUUUGGAAGAGUAUGGCAUGGUUAUGAACUGCACGGCAUAGAAAAUAUACCAGAGGGACCAGGACUUCUUAUUUAUUACCAUGCUGCAAUUCCUUUAGACUAUAUCUUCUUUAUAUCAAGGUUAUUUCUUUUGAAGGGGAAACAAUGUUAUUCAGUGGUUGAUCGCUUUGCCUUUAAGUUGCCAGGCCUUACAACUCUGUUGGAGGUAUUGUUAAUGAUGACUGGUACAAAGGAUGAAUGUCUUUGCAUUCUGAAGGAAGGUCAUUUGCUGACUAUUUCACCAGGAGGAACACGAGAAGCCCAAUUUAGUGAUGAAACUUAUAAAAUUCUGUGGGGCAAACGGAAAGGUUUUGCUCGGAUUGCCAUAGAUGCUAAAGUGCCUAUAAUUCCCAUGUUUACACAGAAUGUUCGUGAGGGGUACAGGACUGCUGGAAAAACAGGAAUAUUGAAAAAGCUAUAUGAAUCUAUCCGAUGGCCAGUUCUUUUUAUAUAUGGUGGAUGGCCAGUCAAAUGGCGUACAUACCUAGGAGAGCCUAUUCCAUAUGACCCAGAUAUAACUGUAGAAGAGCUGGCCAAAAAGGCAAAGAUUGCUCUGCAGAGUUUAAUAGACAAACACCAAAGGUGCCCAGGAAGCAUAAGAAGAGCUCUGUUGGAAAGAUUUGAUAAUCAUAGCUAUGCAAAGAAUGACUGA